AUGCUCAACGUCUCUCGCGGCAUCGACUACGAAGGCAGUUUCCGCGCCGAGCAGCUCGUCAUGGACAUGCAAGCCGCGGACACGUGUAGAAAGAUCUUCACUGGACCUGAGUCGCUUGCUCGGCUUCGUGAAGCAUCUGGCUUGAGCACGCACUGUACUCCUUCCUGGGCGACAUGGAAGGAGUUUCGUCUAUUCACUCUGGCUCCUUGGGGUGUGUCCGCGGAGGCCCUCGCACUCACUCUCUAUCACCUGGCUGCGAACGAGGGAUACAGUGGUGACGACGUCGAACGUGUCCGCAAGGCCGUGAAGUAUGCGCACGAUUGGAGGGACGACGACGAGAAGUGUGGCAAGUGGCACUGUGAAGACGAGGAGUGGUGCGGAAACCCCGCCACGGCGCGCGUUGUUCGACGCGCCGUUAAUCUUGCAUAUGAGUUGGAGGACGAGCGAGCCCGCGCUACCGCCGAAGCCCAGGCAGGCUCCUUACAGGCUUGA